CUUGCUGUCAGGACGGUCAAAGUCGUUUGCGAAAGAGAAAAAAAAUGUGUUUGUGAAUCAAAUCGCUACAUAUUCUGGAGUUCCUGGAGAUGAUGCAGCAAACAGCCGUCUCGAUCGCAGCAGUUAUCAGUGGUAUUGUCGCUCAUCUUGCGUUUUAUAUCCGUGGCGAGUGGGAUGCUGCUGUACUCUAUCUGCUCCUGGGAUAUCUGAGUCUGCAUCAAACUCUUGUUCUACUUCUCGUGUACCAUGGCGACUCAUCGUACACAACCGCUACCUGGGACGUGCUAACCGCCGAGUCCUUCCAUAUACUCGGCUUGACCUGCAGCAUCAUCGCAUACCGCGCAUUCUUCCACCCGCUCCGUCGCUUUCCCGGACCGAGCUCGCUCAGAACCUCGGUCUGGGCAAGGGCAAUCACGAUAUUCCUUUCUGGCGAGCGAGGGGCCGUCGAGCUCCACGACUUACAUGAGAGAUAUGGCGAUUAUGUCCGCGUGGGACCGAACCAUCUCUCCGUCCGGUCGGCGGACGCUCUGCCCGUUAUCAACGGGAGCGGCAAGUCAACGGUGUGCCACAAGUCGGUCGCGUAUCUCUUCCCUACCUACCCUGCCAGCGUCAAUGCGGAGCGUAACCCACAUCGGCAUGCACAGCAUCGGCGGAUCUGGGAUAGGGCGCUGGAUCCAGUGAGUGUGGAUUCGUAUGUUCCCAGGCUCCUGGGGCUUAUGGACAUGCACAUACGGCGCUUGGCGCGCUACAAGGGGCGGGCAGUGGAGGUGAGACGCGAAUACACAUUGCUCGUCUGUGACAUUCUCGGGAGCGUGGGCUAUGGACGACACGACGGCUUCUCGGCCAUGGAGACGGGCCGCCUGCCUCGUGUGAUGGGCGAUAUCACGCUGACGUGGCGCUUCGGCGUGUACAUGAUGCUGCUGCCCUGGCUGCACGUCCUGCUAGACUGGGCGCCCGACCUCCACGGCCUGAUCUACAAAUCCGAUGUCAGAGUCCGAGACUUCAUCGCCGCGGAGAUCACGCACAAGAUAGCCCGCACCCGGGCCCGCGCAGCCGGGCCGUCGUCUCCCCUGACUGAUAUCAUGAGCCAUCUCUUGGCUGCUAGUCUGCGCGGUAGACCCCUGGGCCACGAACAGCUUGUCUCGGACGGCUUCAUCAUGAGUGUUGCUUUGACGGAUACUUCUAUCGCUACCCUCUUCCACCUCACGUACCGCCUCGCCCGACACCCGGCCCUCCAGGCCAUUCUCCGCCGCGAGAUCCAGGCAGCCAUACAUACACCACAUGUCGAGCACGCCCACUGGCCCACCAUCUCCCGCCUCCCCUACCUCAACGCCUUCAUCAACGAGACGCUCCGUCUGCACCCGCCUAACCCCAGCCCAUUCUCCCGCGUGACUCCCCCCGAAGGCAUAACGCUGCCCGACGGCACGUUCGUACCGGGUGGUACCAUCGUCUCGAUCCCGGAAUGGUCAUUGCAUCGCGACGCGCGGUGUUUCGCCGAUGCCGAGUCUUUUCUUCCGGAGCGCUGGCUUGCUCGUGAGGAUGGGGUGGAGUGUGGUGUGGCGUGUACGCCGCGGCCGGAGCUGGUGCUUGAUGGACGGGCGUUUAUGCCGUUUUUGACGGGGCCGUAUAGGUGUCCCGGGAUGUAUUUGGCGUAUUUGGAGGUGAAGGUUUGGGUGGUUUGUGUGCUGGGGGGGUUUGAGGUUGGGGUGGAUGAUGGGGUUGUUGGGGGUGUGGAUGGGCGUGUGGAUGGGGGGUGGAGGGAUUAUGGGAUGAUGCAUCCGGGGACGUUGGAUGUGCGGUUUCGGGAGAGGGGGGCGGUGCGUUGAUGGGGCGGUUCCGGUUUGGUUCUGCUUUGGCUUUUGGUUUGGGGGGGUUUGGGAUUUGGAUGUAUCUUGUAGGCGUGUGCGUUGUGGUGUUGAGAUUUGAGUUGCUGUCAUGGGUUGUUUUCCUGUGAUGCCUGUUAGGGUUACGAUUACUGAUUACUGGAGGAUCUAGACGGUUAUGGUCGUACGUAGCGUAACACGAUCUAGAGAUAGAUAUAUACACAUAUUACAACAG